AUGUCUUCAAACACAGAUAUACCCAACAGGCAAGAGGAACGAUUGAACGAUACGGCAAAAGAAGAGGAGACGCCUGCUUCCCCUGUCUACAAUGAUACACCCGAUAGUGAGGAAAAACGUAGGAAGGAUCUCAAGGAUCAGUCGCUUAAAACUGGUGAUGUCAGCCGGGAAAGACGUUUGAGACAGGAGGAAAAAGAGAAGGAGACGCGCCUGAUGAAGUCAGAGGCCCGAGGGAAUAGUCCUGUCUACUCCAGCGUACCAGAUAGUCCAGGGACAAAGGCGGAUUAUGACGAAGAUAUGAUCGUGAGGAGUGGUGAAAACAGCCAAUCAAGACGCUCGGGGAAGAAUAAAGAGGCAGAGGAGACACCUUCCCACCCUAACGAACUAGAAACUUCCGACAUGGCCUUAGUCAACAGCAAAAUAGCCAUGCUUCGGACUGCCAACAUCACUCAAAGGAAACAUUUGAAUGCGAGGAAGUAUAAGAACAAGACCAUCCUACCCCUCUUCGAGACAAGGCGACUGGCAUCGCACCAACACACUGCCGGGUCCCAGUUCAUCGACAUGGCCCUUGAGCUCUUCACCCCAUCCUGCGUCAGAUCUCCUCCUGGGCUUCUGCAUUUACCGGAUAUUGAGCGGCCGCUCAGAAUCAGCAUCGAAGGUCCGCGAGAAUCGAUAGAAAAGCUAUUCCCGUCUGUUGUAUGGGAUACUCGCGUGUUUGAUGCGAAGUUUCCUCAGGAAUCUGGUCCACAACUCGCAACGCUCGCGUUUCAGCGCAUUUACGGGGAGAGCGUCCGUUCUGAUGUCCCCGGCGAUUUGGUCGUACGAGACGGAUACAUUGGAUGGAUUGGACAGGGUCAUAGAAUAGUGGAUCACUUUGACUACUAUGGUGUGUCACGUUCGAUCAUCUUGUUCCCGUGGUUGACGCCGAUCCAGGGGCACUACAAAUCAACAUCAUCGAGGUGGAGUCUGAUCAAGGAAAGACCGCUAACGAAUGCGUGA